UACUGCAGACAUUCCGGAAACACAUGGGACGGACAGGGCGCAGCCAUUGCUGACUGGCUCAUUAGCUAACUACUGUAAGACUGUAGCUUGUAGAUCAGCGCUGUUGCAGCCACAAUGAGCUGUCAGAUAACCUGCCUGUCCUGGGUAUCGCGGGGAGUCGCUAAAGAGAGCCCCGACAAGGUUCAGCUGAGUGAAGCAGAACUGACUAGACUUAUUUCUGAAGCAAAGGAGCAAUUAGAAAUCCCUUUAAGGGGAUUCCUCUUCUGCAUUUGUUCUCUACCUUCUAACAGAGGAGAACUUGAGGGUGACGAAGAUGAAGCUGAGCAAAAUGAAGGCGACAACAUGGAAAGCAAUGAAGAGGCAGAAGCAAACGAGGCUCCGCAAGAUGGCGAAGAACAGGAGGAAAGUAUUUCAAAGCUGAAUGAUGAUGAGUUGGCAGAAUAUGAUCUGGACAACUACGAUGAAGAAGGAAGGACAGAUGUUAUAAACCUUGGAGACAGCCUUGCUGGGCUCUCUGUGUACAGCAGUAAUGAGGAAGAUGCUUAUGUCACACUGAAAGAUACAGAACAAUAUGAGAAAGAAGAUUAUGUAAUUAAACCCACAGAUAACCUGCUGGUUUGUGGACGGGCAGAAAAAGAUCACUGCAAUCUGGAGAUUCAUGUCUAUAACCAGGAAGAAGAUUCUUUCUAUGUCCACCACGAUAUACUUUUGCCAGCGUACCCACUCUGCACUGAAUGGCUGAAUUUCGAUCCCAGCCCAGAAGAAUCUACUGGUAACUAUGUUGCAGUUGGGAACAUGACCCCUGUUAUUGAUGUUUGGGACCUUGAUCUGGUCGAUUGCCUAGAGCCGGUCUUCUCCCUGGGGUGCAAACAAACGAAAAAGAAGAAAAAGAAAGGCAAGAAGGGGGCUUCAUCUGAAGGAACACAGGAAGGACAUUCUGAUGCAGUUCUGGACCUUUCAUGGAACAAACAAAUCAGGAAUGUGCUGGCCAGCGCUUCAGCUGACAAUACAGUUCUACUCUGGGACAUGUCUAUAGGGAAACCUGCUGCCAGCCUCACCAUGCACACUGAUAAGGUGCAGACACUGCAUUUCCACCCCUUCGAACCACAGACACUCAUUUCUGGAUCUUUUGACAAAUCAGCCAUAUUAUAUGACUGCAGGAGCCCACAAGAAAACCAUAGAACGUGGCGGUUCAGUGGGCAGGUGGAAAGAGUUGUUUGGAAUCACUUCUCUCCCAGGAACUUCUUGGCGAGCACGGAUGAUGGCUUUGUGUAUUGUUUGGAUGCCAGAUCUGAUAAACCCCUGUUCACAAUUAAGGCACAUGACGGAGAGGUGUCAGGACUUGCCUUAAGUAGCCAAAUAAAGGGAUGUCUUGUGACUUCCUCGGAAGAUAAAUAUGUGAAGAUUUGGGACAUUAUGUUGGACAAGCCAAGUCUAGUUCACUCCAGAAACAUGAAAAUGGGUGUCUUGUUUUGUGCUGCAUGCUGCCCGGAUUUACCGUUUCUUUAUGCAUUUGGUGGACAAAAAGAUGGACUGCGAGUCUGGGACAUCUCCACUAUCGCUGCUGUGAAAGAGGCUUUCGGAAGCAGAGAGAGACUCGUGCUCUCCACAUCACUGGAUCCAGCAUCUGGAAAGAGUGAGGCCAGCGGCACAGCAGACACAAUGGAAUCCUAAAUCCUAUGGACCAAAUAUGUUCCUCUAUAGAUUCUCACAGCUGUACUGUACUGCUGCCAACAAAGUGAUCUGUGUGAAUCAAAAUAUAUAUAUAUUUAUUAAUAACGAGCCAGACAGUCUGUAGAAGCAAUUCAGAUAGCUGCCAUUGAGGUAGAACAACUUUAUAUCAGGUAUUGGUUCUGGCAUUAAUAAAGCUACUGAGUAGCAUUGAAAUACCAUGCAUUGCUGCGGGUCACUUUCACAGGUGAUGACAGCAAGUGUCAUUGCCAACCCUUUUUCUGUUAUUGUUGCCCAAAAAUGGGUGCCCCUGUCUACAGGGUUAUCUGUGGGAGCACAGCCCUACUGUCCCUUGGUACUUACCUCUCUUCAUUAUGGCUGCCCUUGUAAAAUAGUUCAAUAGAAGAUUAAAACCCAUAAAGAUUGGAAUUGAUUUAGGCCCAGAUUUCAGGUUUCCAAGCCUUGGUUGAAAAUCUGGUUGUUGUGCCGUGCUGCCUUUUACUGAGGCAGAAAUAUACCUGUUCUUUUAGGACUGGUAUUAAUCAUGACUGUGUAACCCAUGGCAUAAUUAAAAAAAAAAAAAAGGAAUUGGAUUGUCUGUGAGGUUAUUUGCCUGCUUUCCAAUCCAUUGUGAUACUGAAAGGAUCUUUUAUGGUGGCCAUACAGAUAAAUUAAUGAUGAGUUUCAGUAUGUGUAUGCACAUAGGACAGUCCUCACCAAUAUCUGUGUACCAUGGAUAUUGAUCUGUUAGUCAGUUGGGCAGGUCUGAAAAUGAAAUCUGCCAGUGGACUGUGUUGGCCAAUGUGUAAUGCAUUGGAAAUUGGGGUAGUAAAAAAUCACAGCUCCUCUCCCUUAUUUUGUUCUUAUUGUAAAACAAUAGAAAGGUGGCCAUGCAGAAUAUGGAUCCUCAUACGAGAUCUGUCGAUUUGGCCAGUGUAUGGCCAACUUAACUUGUACUUGUUUCUGCUCAUGAUGUAAUUUUACCUGCUUUAAACCUCUCUCCCUUACGUGGUCUAAAGUCAAGUUGGCAUGGAAACAUUUUGCCCAAACAACAUUAUAUAAAGGUGUUGAUUAAAAUGUUCCUUUACAUAACAUAAUUCCUUUAAUAACAUUAUUUUGCAAAACUGAAUUUCUUAAAUGUAAGAAAGAAAGUCAGAAUAUGCUGAUAAAUAAAUGUUUAUCUAAAAAAAGAA